CCUGAGAGUCUGUCAUUCCUACACAUCUGCCACCUCUCCCGGUCACAUCACAUCGCAACAAUGGCAGGCCGGUUUGUGCGAGCUUCCAAGUAUCGCCACGUCUUUGGCAAGGGCACCAAGAAGGAGCAAUGCUACGACAACCUCCGCAUCUCCAAGAAUGCUUGGGAUACCAACCUGAUCAAGGCCAACCCCGAAUACAUCUCAGUCAACUGGGAAGCUAGCGGCGGUGGCGCCUUUGCUGUCAUCCCCAUCAACGAGCGCGGCCGAGCUCCCGACCAGCUUCCUCUCUUCCGCGGCCACACUGCUGCCGUCCUCGACACCGACUGGUCUCCCUUCAACGACUCGCUCAUCUCUUCAGCCUCCGACGACGGCAAAGUCGGCAUCUGGAAGGUCCCCGAAAACUUCACCCUAUGGACCGACGCUGACGAGCCUGCUGACGUCGCUCCUGUCGCCAAGCUGAGCGGCCACAUGAGGAAGGUUGGCCACGUCCUCUUCAACACCGCCGCCGAGAACGUCCUCGCUAGUGCAUCUGGCGACUACACCGUAAAGCUCUGGGACGUCGAGGCCGGUCUGCCGCAACUCACUCUCAAGCACAACGACAUUGUCCAAUCGCUGUCAUGGAGCGCCGAUGGAUCCCUCCUCGUCACCACGAGCCGUGACAAGAAGCUGCGCGUAUGGGAUGUGCGACAGGAGAAGCCCGCCCAGGAAGUUCCUGGCCACCCUGGUGCCAAGAACAGCCGCGCCGUAUGGAUGGGUGAGACCGACCGCAUCGCGACUACUGGUUUCUCGCGCAUGAGCGACCGUCAGCUUGGUCUCUGGGACCCGCGCAACCCCAAGGAGCCCAUUGGCGGCUUCCAGAUCCUUGACUCCAUCUCUGGUGUAUGCAUGCCCUUCUGGGACGACGGUACACAGUGUCUGUACCUUGCUGGCAAGGGUGACGGUAACAUCCGAUACUACGAAUACGAAAACGACAAGUUCGAAUACCUCUCCGAAUACAAGUCUGGCGACCCACAACGUGGUAUCGCCUUUCUUCCCAAGCGAGGUAUCAACCUGCACGAGAACGAGGUCCUUCGCUGCUUCAAGACCGUCAACGAUGCCUACGUCGAGCCCGUGUCCUUUAUCGUACCCCGCCGCUCCGAGAUGUUCCAGAGCGACAUCUACCCUCCCACAACUGGUCUCAAGCCUGGUGUCUCAGCAGCUGAGUGGUUCGGCGGUAAGACCGCAGCGCCUCCCAAGAUCUCGCUCGAGAGCGUGUACGAAGGUGAGGCCCCCAAGGAGGUGGAGAACGAUUACAAGCCCUCCGAGCCCGCGACCAGCCAGCCUUCCCCAGUCAAGGCCGAGCCUCCCAAGAGUAAGCCUGCGCCAGAGCCUGUUCCUACAACAUUAGCUUCUCGUGGGCCGCCCCCUUCUAUGAAGGACAACAAGGACUCCAUGGCAUCAGCAGCUUCCAAGUUUGCAGACAAAGACGAGACUUCCGACAAUGAGAGCGCAUCAAGCUUCGAGGAAAUCCCGAAGCCAACGGAGCGCCGCACCUUCACUGCUGCCCGUCAAGAAGAGAAGACCAAGGGCCCUGCCAUUACCAAGGAGCCCGAGAGCGCGAAGACUACUCCGACACCCACCCCAGCGCCUUCCCAGGCUAGGUCUGCCCCGCCCGCCGAGCCUACUCCUACGCCCGCCGCUUCUGCCCCAGCCUCCACACCUAGCGCCGGUGGUCCUGCCUCUGCCCUUCGCGAUGCGCUAGGCGACAUCAAGUCUCAGCUCGAGCAGCAGAACAGGGUCAUGGAGCAGCAAAACAGAGUCAUGUCGGACCAGUCUGAUCAAAUCGCACUUCUGCUGCGUGAAGUUUCAACACUCAAGGCCAAGGCUGCAACGUCAGAACCUUCCGACCGUGAGAAGGAUGAGCGCAUCAGGCAGUUGGAGCUCGAGCUUGAGGAAGCUAGGUCUUGAACAUCAAGAUCUCAGCUUCCACAUCUUUCGUGCUGACAAUCUCAGAAAGUUGAACGAGGAUUACGUGAAUUUAAUCACUCGUGAAUAUGUCCACAGAACAUCGCUUCUUGGAUAAGAUCUCACGGGCACGAUCUGCGUUAUCCGAAUAGUAGAGCUGUUAGUGUCGAGUAAGGGUCCGUGUAUGAUGAUUGGGGGUGUUUUGUGUAUGCGUAUAUCUGUCUGUCUGUCGAACUUGCUUUCGUUAGCAAGGUGUUUGGGUUAGCGGCAUUGUAUGGCACAAAAUUCAUUACUUCUGGUUUAGCGAUUGAUCCCUUGUAUGUUCCCCGCCUUAUGCUGGCAAAGGCGCAAUAUUAGACUAUGCAAGCCAAGGCUAUGAUCGAGGCUGAGGCUGAGCAAUCUGCCCGUAUGCUUACCUUGACACAUACACCAUCGACCUUCGGAUUACACAAG